AUGAGUGGCCAGGCGGUCGAUUUCUUCCGGCCCUGGAACAACGCGGACAAAAAGGUCGACGGGUCAUCGCCUGGGGUGGACGAGUACGAGGAUGGGGUGGCGGGCAAGGGCCCGAAGCUCAACCCGGAGGAGGACUUUGACAGCGAGAGCGACGAUUCCUCGCUGGCCGGCUCGUCGAGCAGUUACAACAGCAUAGACAGCGAACAGUCGAUCGACGGGCCAUUGCGCCAUCGCCGCCACCGUCGCUCGACGAAGCCGAUGGUCGUGGGCGCGGCGCCGGUCGUGUGCCAGGAAGUUGGGCUGCCGAGGGUGUAUCCGGCCUUCGCUCAGCCCGGGAUUUGGGACCCGCUUGGAUUGCGGCUCGAGGAGGCGGUCUACUUCAACGGCAUCGCUGCCGAGGUCGACAGGAUACACCAGCAAGAGUUCGCCGCCAAACAGAUCAAGAAGACCAGGCCCAAGAACUUCAACUGCAACUACUGCCCGGCGGCUUUUAGCAACAAUGGCCAGCUCAAGGGUCACCUCAGGACGCACACCGGCGAAAAGCCAUUCAGAUGCAACGCCGAGGGUUGCUCGCGAGCUUUCACGCGCAACGAGGAGCUGACCCGUCACAAGCGCAUCCACACGGGUUUGAAGCCCUUCGUUUGUGACUUGUGUCAGAAGAAGUUCGGACGCAAGGAUCAUCUGAAAAAACAUUUCAAAACCCACAACAGAUACUCUAACGCGGCCGAGUACGAUUUUGCCUACAUGGCCACGCUCCUCAGCGGCCAUUACUACGGUGCUUACUAUCCGCCGCCGCCGCCGCCGGCUACUACGAUAGCGCCCAAUGGCGGGUACAACUUGCUUUAG